AUGAGCAAUGGGACAUCACAGCAAAUUACAGAAUUCAUUCUGGUGGGAGUUCCUGGUCUACAAGACAGCCAGAACCUGCUAUGUAUCAUCUUCCUGCUGGCGUACUUCAUCGUGAUAACUGGGAAUCUUCUCAUCCUCUCCCUGGUGAUUCUGGACCAGCGGCUUCACACCCCGAUGUACUUCUUCCUCUGUCAUUUAGCCGUCUUGGACAUAAUGCUCUCCACGAUAAUACUCCCGAAAAUGUUUGCAGUAUUCCUUCUCAAUGAUAAAAGUAUUUCAGUUGCCGGAUGUUUCACGCAGAUGUAUUUGGUUCUGGCGAUUGGAGGAACGGAGAACGUUAUUCUGAUUGUCAUGGCCUAUGACCGGUAUGUCGCCAUUAUGAAGCCCCUUCACUACCACGUUAUCAUCAAUGGCAAGCUCUGCGUCCUAUUGGCUAUUGUGGCCUGGAUACUGGGACACAUGGUGCCUGUGCCGGCCUUAAUACAGGCCAUGCCACUGAUAUUUUGCGGCCCAAACAAAAUCGAAUACUGCUAUUGCGACUAUCCUACGGUCGUAUCGUUGGCGUGUGAAGACGUCACAGCUGUCAUCGAGAAUGCUUUUGUCGCUGCCAUGUGCAUAACCAACAUUCCUUUCUUGUUGAUAAUCUGUUCCUACGUGAGGAUAAUAAAGACCAUCGCUGGCAUGAAGAAGGACGACCGCAAGAAAGCCCUGUCCACCUGCGUCUCUCACCUGCUCAUCGUGCUCAUUUACUAUUUUUCUGCCGACCUGUUGUACAUCACAGCUCUCACUCACAGCUCCACCCAAGAUACGCGCGUCAUCAUCGGAGUCUUUGCGUACAUUUUGGCACCCAUAUUGAACCCCAUCAUCUACAGCCUGAGAAACAAACAGAUAAAGCAGGCCGCUGAGAAAUAUCUCGCUUUCCUCUUUCGGCCUCAAAAUGCCGAACCGUUAGUUACAAACGGCGAAGUGUCGAAAAUAGCGUAA